CCGGAGAGUGAGGGGCAGGGGAGGCGCACGCUGCGAUCCCCUCCCCUCACAGACAGCAGCAGCAGCGCGGUGAGCGGCACUGGGGACAGUGGAGGAGAUGCGCCCCCUUGAGGCCAGGAGCCCGGCGGCAGCCGACUCCACUGCCUCCCAGAGUUCCGCCCCUGGGAUGUGACAGUAGGAUGGAUCUAUACGUCACAUAUUUGUGCAGUAUGUAUAACACAUAUUUACAAUAAAGACACCAGCAGCACCAGCAGCACCCCCACGCACUACCUGCUGCUACUGCUGCAACGGUAGAUGCUAGCUUCAAGUGGUACUGCUGCUUAUCACACUCCCCCUCCCCGUGUGUCACCAUGGUAACACUUCCGUGUUUAUCAGCAAAACCGUGAUGUCAUCAAGCGGCGCCGAAGGAUGACAGCGCACUGCACGGGGAGACCGGCCUGGAACGUUCUCGGCUCGGGGCAGGAGGACACGGUGACGGAGGAUGACUCGGCAACUUAGACCCGAUAUUUAACAUUCCAAGAGACUUCCAUUGUAGGAUGGAGUUGCCAGAUUUGGGAAAGCAUUGCUCGGAAGUCACAUGCAAACAACUAGACUUCCUUCCACUGACAUGUGAUGCAUGUGAGGAACUUUUCUGCAAGGAUCACAUAACGUAUGACCGUCAUAAGUGUUCUUCUGCAUAUAAAAAGAAUGUGCAGGUCCCAGUUUGUCCACUGUGUGAUGCUCCUGUACCAAUAAAGAGAGGAGAGCUGCCUGACAUAGCUGUUGAACGGCACAUUGCCAGAAACUGCAGCUAUGAGCUUUCCGUGCAUAAACAGAAGAUUUUCAGUAACCGAUGCUGUAAAGAGGGGUGCAGAAAGAAAGAGCUGAUGAAGAUCGAAUGUGUCCAGUGUCAGAGUAACUUCUGCCUCUCACACAGACAUCCGUUGGAUCAUGACUGCAAAAGCAAAGGGCCGCUGCUGUCUAAAGCUGGAUAUGCUGCUUUGAUGAGAUCUCAGAAGACUUCAGAGCAAAACAAACCUGCUGUUAACCCUCCCAUGAAGCCGCAGAAGACAGACCAGUCUGGGUGUUCCAAAGCUCAAGAUAAAAUUGAUCCUCUGGUGGCUUCCGGAGGACCAGUCAUAUCUGCUUUUGACCUUCACAAUGGAUUGAGUGAAGCUGAAGCCCUGCAGAGGGCACUGGAGCUCUCCUUGCUGGAGGCUGGUAUAAAUAACCUGCUCACUCUCAGAAAUCCAAACAUUAGCACAAUGAAAACCACAGGACAAUGAAAAUACGUGAAGGCUAUUGUGGUGACCAUCCACAUGAAAUGAACGCUUAAGUUAAAUUAAUUACAUUCUUUUUUGCUUUUCAGGUUAUUUCUGACUUCCAUUUUCCAUGCAUUGUUACUUUGUGUGCUACAUCUAGUGACUACAUGUAUAUAUUUCUAGGAUUUGAGGCUGUAAAUAUGUUUUUCAGAUAUGUAAUAAAUACUUUUAGAUUUUGUUAAA